UAUAUAUAUAUAUAUAUACAAUAUAUAUUUGUUAAAAUCAUGCAAACACAACAAACUGCAACGCCGAGCACUCCGCCGCCGUCGCGUCGCUCCAAUCGGCCGCCGCGCAUCAACAUUCACAAUAUCCAGAAUACGUAUGGCACCUCUCCGUUGCCGCCGAGUGCUCAGCUGCACACCUCAAUGACCAACUAUACGGCGCCCAAUUGGCCGCCCAUGUCGAAUCCCUUUGGGCCCGGAAACUUCAUGACCAAAGGCUACGAGGGCUUCCUUGAUCUCACAAAGUCCGGCCUGAGUUUCGGCGAGAAAUUCACCUUCUCGCUCUACAACAAGUUCAGCAAGUGGUCCAGACGAUGGUUCACCCACAUGUUUCUGCUGAUAAUACUCGCCCUCUACAACAUUGGUGGGGCCAAACUAUUUCAAACGGUCGAACAUGGUCCAGCCGAACUGGAAAUAAUGACAGCGCAAUAUCAAAAGCGAGCAUUCUUCAGGCAGCUGCUGGACUUGGCCAACACAACAAUUACAUAUAAGAACACAGAUCACUGGGAUGGCUAUGUCAAUAAUAUACUGAACUCGAAUAAGGAAGCUGUGGAGUCGCUGUUGCGCUCGAAUUUGUCCACAGACGAGGAGGCCAGAAGAAACAAUCCCUGGUCCUUUUGGAAUGCCAUGGUCUACAGCUGUACGGUCUACACGACAAUAGGUGAGUGAA